UCCUAAAUAUUUCCCUUCUUCAGUUCCUCUUCUAGCUAGAUAUUUCUAACUAUACUAUUGUUAGUCCACACUUCAAUCCUUAUUUGUCUAUAUAUAUAAAUCAACGGAGAGGCAAAUUCUUGGUUGAGAAUGGGUGGUGGUGGUGAGAUAAUCAAACAAGAAUCGGAUAUGAUUUUCUCCGGCGGGGAAGUAAAAUCUUUGGAGGUGGAAAACAAUGGCGACCCAAGAGAGAAUAAUAAUAAUAAUAACAAUAAAUCUCCCAAGGAGAAGCACUAUGUUGGGGUUAGAAAGCGGCCGUGGGGGAAAUACGCGGCGGAGAUUCGGGAUUCGACGAGGAAUGGGAUGAGGGUUUGGUUGGGGACUUUCAACAGCGCGGAGGAGGCGGCGUUGGCUUACGACCAAGCGGCGGUGCUGAUGCGGGGCCCAUCGUCGUGCCUCAAUUUUCCGGUGGAUAGAGUGAACGAGUCGUUGCAGGAAAUGGGGUGUUGUUAUGGUUGCAAGGACGGGUGGUCGCCGGCGGAGGCGUUGAAGGAGAAGCACAAGAAGAGGAGUAGUAGAGGGAAAAGGAAACAGGCCGAGAAUAACGGCGGCGGCGGCGGCGGCGUAGGGUUUGAGAAGGCGGCGCGAGACUGCGACGGCGACGAUUUGCCGCCGCUGGUGUUUGAAGAUUUAGGCGCUGAUCUAUUAGAUCAGCUCUUGUCUGAGAGUUAUACUUCUCAGUAAGCAAAUCUAAGCUCUAAUAUUCUUCUUCUUCUUCUUCGGAUGUGUUUUUCUGAUCUUCACAUGAUGUUUUUUCCAGACCAAUAAUGUGGUCCUUUGCAUAUAACUCCAUCAAUAAAUCUUUCAAUUAAUGUCCAUUAUGCUUACAUUAUUUCCCAGGCCA